AUAGUACCAGACCCAGAAGGGAAGGAGAGCGUUCUGGGUUUUUUUUUAACAUUUUCUUUCUUUCUUUCUUUUUGUUGUUUUUUUUUUUUUUUUUUUUUUUUUUGGUCGCCUCCUUUUCCUUGCCGGGAGUUGUUUGUACGCUAGGGAAGGUGGGGACAGCGUUUUGGAGACAGGAAUUGGUUGGAAAAGCGGUGAUUGAAGGUUGCCAAAGGUGGAAAGGGAAAUUCCAUGAGUUUUACCCAGCCUGUGUGCAAACGUCAGGUCUGAGAAGCGUACCUGCCAUAGGAAGUUAAAGAAAGGAUAGAACAUGUCUUCAGUCUCAGCUUAUUACAAUGGGAAGACUGUGCUUAUCACAGGAGCUACAGGGUUCAUGGGCAAAGUGCUGGUGGAAAAGCUCUUGCGCUCCAGCCCUGAAGUGAAAGCAGUUUAUAUACUUGUCAGGCCAAAAGCUGGACAAUCAAUGCAAGAAAGAGUGGCCAACAUGUUGAAAUGCAAGGUCUUUGACAGGGUCCGAGAAGACUGCCCUAAUUUCCAUGAGAAGAUUAAGCCUAUUAAUGCUGAACUCACUCAGCCCAAGCUGGCCAUCAGUGCUGAAGAUGAGGAGGAGCUUCUGACCCGGGUCAAUAUUGUCUUCCACUGUGCAGCAACAGUUCGCUUUGAUGAACCCCUGAAACAUGCCCUGCAGCUGAACGCGAUGGGCACGCAGCGGCUCCUGGAGCUGGCGCGGCAGAUGCAGAACCUCGAGGCCUUCAUCCACAUCUCCACUGCCUAUGCAAACUGCGUCCGGAAGUGCAUAGACGAAGUCAUCUACCCACCCCCAGCCGAGCCCAAGAAGCUCUUCGAUUUAGUAGAGUGGUUGGAUGAAUCUAUCAUUCAAGACAUCACACCCAAGCUACUCGGGGCCUGGCCCAACACUUACACCUACACCAAAGCCUUGUCAGAAUACCUGAUUCAGCAAGAGAGAGGGAACUUGAACAUUGCUAUCAUCAGGCCAUCCAUCGUGGGAGCAAGCUGGCAUGAGCCUUUCCCUGGUUGGAUUGACAGCUUCAAUGGGACAAGCGGAAUAUUUGUUGCGGCGGGCAAAGGGAUUCUGCGGACCGUGAUCGCCAACAACGAAGCGGUGGCAGAUAUGAUCCCAGUGGACGUCGCCAUCAACCUCACCCUUGCAGCUGGAUGGUACAUCGCAGUGCACAGACCGAAAAACACGUUGGUGUUCAACUGCACAACGGGUGGAAUCAACCCUUUCUUCUGGGGAGAAAUGGAGCGGUAUGUCAUGUCCACGUUCAAGAGGAACCCGCUGGAGCAGGCCUUCCGAACACCCAAUACGCACUUGACAUCCAACUACCUGAUAAACCAGUACUGGGUAACUGUCAGUCACAAGGCACCUGCCAUACUCUACGACCUGUACAUGAGGCUCACGGGGAGAAAGCCCAGAAUGAUGAAGAUUAUCAAUCGACUGCACAAGUCUAUGAUGCUCCUGCAGUAUUUCUCCACCCAGUCCUGGGAUUGGUCUUCAGAUAAUAUGAAUAUGUUAAUGAGUCACCUUAACACAGAGGACAAAAAGUUAUACAACUUUGAUGUUCGUCAGCUGCACUGGUCAGAAUACAUUGAAAGCUACUGCCUAGGUGCUAAGAAGUACUUGCUGAAUGAGGACAUGGCUGGCAUUCCAGCAGCAAAACAGCACUUAAGAAAGCUGAGGAACAUCCGAUACGCAUUCAACACCACCCUUCUUGUGAUCAUCUGGCGCAUUUUCAUUGCAAGGUCACAGAUGGCUCGAAACAUCUGGUACUUUGUGGUGAGCCUCUGCUACAAGUUCCUUUCCUACUUCAGGGCGUCCAGCACCCUCAGGCACUGAAGCUGUCCGUCAGCAACCAGCCUCUUCCAGAAGGACCUCCAUCUCCUCUAAUCAGCAACUAUGGGCAUCAGGGUCUGAAAGUAGCAGAAAAAUCCACUCCCUCCAACAGCAGCCUGCAUUUAUCAUGCACUGUUAUUUGUUCACCUUAAACUAAUGCUUUAAUACAUGGUGGUCUUUCUUCCAUAGGACGAUGCCAAUUUUUAAAGCCAUAACUGAAGCUUUAGGAACAGGUCAAGCUGGAACCGUUCAUCUAGAGUCUGAUGUACAAGAGUAAGGAUUAACCAAAGUCAUUGUCUUCCCAUGUACUACCUAGGCUAUCUUAAUCCCAUCUUCUUCCUCAAAAGAGGCAAAUUUAAAGCCUUGGGAGAAAAGAAUGCCAUCAGAUCAGAGAAGACCUAUCCAAGGAAAUUAACCUGCAAGAGGUCUUCCUAAGAGGCUAUUCCUUCAUUCUCAUGCAACGAAAUGGUAUGUUAUUGAACAACAUCAUUUCACAUUUUCAGUUUAUCAGAAGAGGAGGGGGGAAAAGGCAAUUACUGUAGGCCAGUGAACACUCUGAACAGUUUUCAGAUCUUGUCUCAUAUUGCUCCUGAGGACUGAUACUUUCAAGCCAUAACUGAAGACAAGUAUAGAAUUCAUAUAUCUGUGUUAACUCUACUCACUCACAGGCUACUUUCUCAUGGAGAGGUAUUUUUUGUCUCUGUGGUUGAGGUUGCAGUCUGUUAAACCCCUCUGUUCUUUUAUUUGUCACUUUUGCCUGGAUUUUUUCUUUUUGCUUGAAAAAUGCUGUAUUUAUUCUGAGAAUGAAGAGAAGACUUCUUAAAAGACUGGAAAAAAAAUUAAGAAACUCUAUCAUUUUUGAGGAAUAGGUCUUUCCCCCUCCUUCAUUUUGUCUGCAGAAAGCAUUUCUCCCUGUUGAACGAAAACAGCCUAACACUGUUCUUUGCACUUUCAUCACAGCUAAAUCACUUUGCAGUUGAUCACUUCCGCUGGCAAAGAAAGUGUAGACACAUAUGGAGGAAAUCUCAUUGGGCUAAUUCUGCUGGUACUCCUGUCAGUAGGAAUUUAAAAGUCAGAAACUUGUUUUUUGAUGAGAACAGUAAAGGUUUUUGUUGACUUCUGUGUUAAAAUCAUCAUGCACUGUGAAAGCAAAGCAUUUUGUCCUAUGAUGCAGUUUAGAAUGGAACCCAAGGAUCUUCCUGAUGCUCAUAGCUAUUUGAGAUACUUGUUCCACCAAAGUAUGAAUUCUUGCAGGAGGAGAGAGAAAGAGAGAGAGCUUUCUGCAAAGUAGCUGGUGCAACAAGGGCCUUAGCCCAACAGCAACAAAUGUGUCAUGCUAUCAGACUGUCAAAGGCAGAUCUAAUACUGGAAUAUUCUUUAUGCAGACGGCACCAAAUAAGUACUUUUAAGAUUACCAGACUUUAAAGCAGCUGGGUUUUGAAGUAAUGCAGUAUCCAGCUUCUCUAGUCUUUUGUCAUACAGCUGUCUGGAAAAGUAAUGUUACAUCUACAAAAGAAUGACAGUUGCUCUUUUGGGAGCUGAGAAUAGCAGAGUAUUUACAAAGCUGGCAUUCCUCAAAAAAAUGUAUUUGUUUUUGGCAGUGAAGACGAGAGCAAGUUUUGGUGACAGUAUAUUUCUGUCUUAGGCCUCCAGGCUAGUACAAAAGUCUUUCUAAAAGGUGCAAGGAAUUAAUCUUCCUCCAUAUGCUCCAGAAAUCUAUUUUCAAGCAAUUACCAAAGGAUGUCUGCAGCAGAACCUGUCCAAAAACAUGGUGUCCACAAUGGCAGCACUCUGGCUUUCCCUAGGAAAGGCCCCAGUGUUUGUCAUCUAUUCCUUCUGAUCUGUGCUUAAUUAGGUCAGGCACCAAAUUUAUAAAGAUGGAGAUUUUUUUAAGCUCUUCCCUUGAAAACAUAUUUCUAAAAUGAAACUUUUCUGGUCAUUAGAAGAGCUGUUUUCCAGCUUCAGAGAGCUGGCAGUGCGUGCUUUGCAUUCAACACUGGCAAAGUGUCACUGCCUGGGAAACUAGGAGCUGCGGGUUCAGGUGCCAGGGACCAGGAAUUCACGUACAGUGUUUCUGUAGCAGUGUAUAUGGUAAAAGUUAGCUGCAUUAUACUUUGUGACCUGGCAAGGUGAGGCAAGUUCCUCUAGAACAGACUGCAUUCUUUCAAGUACAUGAUCAGGUCAUCAGCCAGCUUCUGCUUUUCUCCUGUGAAAGGUGAAAAAAACCAAAACAGACUAUUUUGAAACAAACAUCUAUUAAAAUCAGUAAACAAUUCUAACUCACAUCCUAAAAGUCCUUUUAAGUGCCUGCCUUACAUACAAAGAGAAGCAACAGCUAAAGGGCUCUUAAGUCUUAACGCUGUGCACAUGACAGACAAAAACUUAGGUCUCAUGAAAAAGUCCAAAACUGCAGACCUGCUGCACCUACUAUGUCUGGUCUAUAUCAUUCAGCUCUCCUAGGAGAAAAGUGUCCUGUCUUCCGAAGUGCUAGUCAUGCCAUGCAUUCCUCACAUGUCCCUGUAGGCAUUCACAGUUCUUUGACAGGCUCUAGUGUCCCAGCAAGUAAGAGAGGUACCACUUCUCACCUGAGCAUAUCCAGACCUGUUUCCUGCACAUACAAAAAGAUGCUUCAGGUUUCACUCAGAGCAAUGGUGGUAUUAUGUUUUGAAACUCUUCAGCGUUUUGCUGAAGGUAACAGCCACAGCAAAGCUACCACUCAGCCCUGAAAAGACCCAUCAGGAACUGCUUGGGAUGUUGCAGAAACGCUGCUGCAGAUGCUAUGUACUCUUCUGGAGACCUUUCAUAGCCCACACAGCACUGACAGCAGCUGGCUCCAGAGCUCUGGCCUUGCCUGAGGGGAAAUCAAGCUGUUAGCUUUUCUCAACACAGACAUAGCAUGCAGUGAAGCUUAAUUCUUUUAUCCAUUUUCUUGUGGCUUGAGAUGUUUUCAUGUGGUUGGCUGAACCACAAAAUAUUUCAGAGAAACCUCACUGGUGCCUGGUAAUGGCCUUUGGGUGGCAAUCAUGACUGGCAUCAUCAUGGAGAGCUGGACCUGGUGUAGGAACUUGUUCUCACCUUAAGCAUUGACUUAGCUUUGAUGUUUUAGUCUGUGCUUCUCAGUGUAUUUGUAUGUGCUCUGAAGAAACACAAGCCUUGAGGAAAGUAUCUGAAACAAAACAAUCAGUGACAGCCUCUCCUUUCCUUCUGUAUUCUCUCUCUUGCUCUUUCAUGUACACUCACCAGCUUUUGACAAAAGCCAAAUGUAGUUGUUAAAUCAGAAGUCCUGUGGUGACCAUGUACCAGUUAAGACAAACAGCUCAGAAGCUGAUAUUUGGAUAUUGCUCAUGGCUGAAGGCUAAGACCUUUUAUUACCUGUAAGAUUGAAACAAGACUCAUUUUUUUUUUCCUGUGAAGGUAGCAUGGUCAGUGCUAUGGGGAGGAGAGAGGAAUAGGAGCCCUUCUGCAGCCUUUGCUGGUCAGCAGAAGCAUUGCUAGGCAUGGAGCAUCCAGCUCAACUAGCAAAGGGAAACUCAAGGAAUCAGAGAAGUAUGAGUGCCAAACUCAGGACUCUGCCUACCAAGGAGUGGGGGGAGAGCUGGAUCAGCAUUUUGUUAUCAGCUUGGGUUCUUGUAAUAACACAUUUCAACUAAAAGGCUCCUAAGUUCUUCCCCCAGAUACCAGCAGGCAGCAGAGAGGACAGCACUUAGCAGUCAUUCCACACAGCCACAACAGAAAAUAUCUGCAACAAGACAGUGUAAUGGGGUUAUUUGUUUGUACCCUACGAACUUGCAGUGUGCUUAUCCCCUCACGAUGGCAGAAGCCUGGAGUGCUCCUGCAGAAACAACAUGUACCACUGCUGAACCCCAUGCACCGAGGCAUUGUUAAUGUUCUCCAUGCACACCUGGCUGUAGCAAUGAACUGCUGUGGGAAAGCAACUGUCAAAGUUGGGCAUAACCUUGUAGUUAAGAAGUAUCUUUUUUUUUUUUAAUUGAAUUGCAGUAACAAACCCACGUCCCUAAAAUGAAUCCAAAUUUAAACAGCCUGUUGACUGACAGCCAAAGGUGUUGAUCUCCAGCAUGUUUUACCCACACAACAAAACUUCUCACCCCCUCCACCUUCUAUUCCAAUCACUUUGUCAAGACAAUUCUUUCUUGGCAGAGAUGGGGGUAAUAGACAUAAUGGUAUAUUACAGGUUGCUUGCCUGUUACCACCUCCUCAAGAAAUCUGUUACUUUACAUUCAAAGCAUGAUUAUGUAUGCCUGUGUAUAUAGUUACAUCCUUCAGCACCAGUCUUGUCACACAACAUACAGAGAUGGAGAAAGGUUAGUGGCGCUCCUGCUGAAAGGCCGGGCUUUGCUUGCGUGGUAUGCACUGUUCCAAUUCAGUUUCAGAUGAAGUGUUUAAAACCUAUCCCCUGACUCUUACCUUUCCAGUGUAAAAGAAACCUAACCUGUAGUACUAUUAACCAAACCAUCAUCAUGAAUAAGCAACUGGGAAAAGAGGGAGGGGGGCAUUCUUUUGUUUGUAAAUAAGCUACAGCUUCAUGGUCAGAAGCAUGCUGUUGCUUUUCCAGCAUCGACGUUCAGCUGCAGAAAGCAAGGAUAAACUUUAAUUACAAUUGGAUCCUUUAUUCUAGUGCAGAGUAAAUAACAUACUGUACAUUCCCCAGAAGCUAAAUGGUGAAUAUCCCAUUACAUGGUGCUAAAUGUCGGUAUGAAGGUGGUACAGACUUACUGAAGAGAAUUUAUAUAUAUAUAUAUAUAUAUACACACACACAUAUAUGUAUUUGGGGAAUAAAUAAAGAUGUACUAUCCCACUUUUCUCUAUUGCUUAAAAGUCAGCUAUGAUAUGAGUUGGUUGGUUCAGAUUAACAUGGAAAAGCUUCUAAAAGGUUUCUUGUCCUUACAUCAUCUUGGAAGACCCGUUUAUAGCAAAGUAGGUACUCUCCCACUGUCCAAAGUUUAUACAGUUCUAUCUUCUAUUUCUAUUCUCUUGUUAGCUAGGAGACAACUUACUGUUAUAAAUCUUAAUGACAAAAUUUCUAAUGUUAAAGUGUAAUCUUUUGAGCUCUCAAAUCAGAUAAACCGGUGAAGUCAUAAAUUAUGAGAACCUCAGCCAUAAGAUUGUUAAUAUGAUGUUUAUGUUAUUUUAAACAUUUAAUAAACCAAAAUAUUUUAAAACUA